AUGGCUAGAACAUUCUUCAUUGGUGGUAACUUCAAGAUGAACGGAAGCAAGGCUUCCAUCAAGGAAAUCGUUGACAGAUUGAAUGGAGCUUCCAUCCCAUCUAACGUCGAAGUGGUUAUCGCUCCACCAGCUAUCUACUUGGACCACGCUGUUGCAUUAAACAAGAGAAAGGAAGUUAAAAUCUCUGCUCAAAAUGCAUACUCCAAGGCUUCCGGUGCUUACACUGGUGAAAACUCCGUUGAACAAAUCAAGGAUGUCGGUGCUGAAUGGGUUAUCUUGGGUCACUCUGAAAGAAGAACUUACUUCAACGAAACUGAUGAAAUCGUCGCCGAAAAAACCAAAUUUGCUUUGGACAGCGGUGUCAAGGUUAUCCUAUGUAUCGGUGAAACUUUGGAAGAAAAGCAACAAAACAUCACUCUACAAGUCGUCCAAAGACAAUUGCAAGCCGUAUUGGAAAAGGUUCAAGACUGGACUAACGUAGUCGUUGCCUACGAACCAGUCUGGGCUAUUGGUACCGGUUUGGCUGCUACUGCUGAAGAUGCUCAAGAUAUCCACCACUCCAUCAGAGAAUUCUUGGCUGAAAAGCUAUCCAGAGAUGUCGCUGACUCUGUUAGAAUCUUGUACGGUGGUUCUGCUAACGGUAAGAACGCUGUUACCUUCAAGGACAAGGCUGAUGUCGAUGGUUUCUUGGUCGGUGGUGCUUCUUUGAAGCCAGAAUUCGUUGACAUCAUCAACUCCAGAGUUUAA